GCACGACCGUCCGAUCGCGAUCGGACGGCCCCGGAUGCCGCAGCCCCUUCCACCGUCUCGCCAUCCACCGCCACUUAGCUGUGCCCCACCACCACUCCCUCCCCCCCAAUUCGCGAAAGAAAAUUAAAACGUCUCGGAGAAAAAAAAAGAGGAAAAAAAAAGGAAACCCUAGCUUCCCGUGGCGGCAGGGGGGGGGGGAGGGGAGCGCUGAUUGCCCCCGCUAGAUCGGGCUUGGGAAGGGGCUUUUGCUGCAGAUCGGUUCUUUUUCCAGGCGAGGGUUCGAUUCCGCCCCCCAAUUUGGCGCCGAUCCGCGGGUGGGUCGCAUCCGCCCGCACGAUUGAUACGACCGAGUUUCGCUGCAGCCGCGGCGAUUUUGGGCUCGAUUUCGGUGGUCGGAUCGACGCUUCCUGCUCAGGCUUCUUUUCUGCAUUUGCUGUAAUCCGUGGAUUAUGUGGUCGGGAUGAGGCACCAAGAUCUGUGCGUGGGACUUCGCGUAUGAUGGAAGGUGAAAUUUGGGGAGUUUGGCUUUCUGGGCUUGUGAAUGGAAUCCAGUGGUAGUGACAGGCCUAGUGCAACGGAUGCUACUGAAUCAGUUCAGGGUUUAGAUGGAGAGGAGACUUUGUCUGAGAGUGCGUCGGUUGGGAAGAGGCAAGGAUUAUGCACACAGAAUGGGAGUGGGAAGGAGGAGCCUUCAAGCAGUUCAUCUGCAGGGAGUAAGAGGAAGCGAACUAGCCCGAGUUCUGAUAGAGUGGAACUUAAUGGGCCAGAUGCAGCAGGAACCAGCUCAGGUGAUUCCACGUGGAGCGAAGAUAGUUUCAAUGGUCGACAUGAACGUUCGUUCUCAAGAAAUAAGGAUGGCCACUUGGAGCAUUCAGUUAAUUCAGGUGAAGUUGCGGUGAUCAGGAAGCCUCAUGGUGUUUUGAGGUUAAGGAAGCUGGCUCAGAAUGUCAGUAUCGAGAGUGGUACGGGAGGUUCCAAGGUUCCUCGAUCCAAUGGCAUUGCAAAAGCUACUCAGGUCCAGAGGAGGAACAGGCAGAGGAAAUCACAGGCUCUUAAGGAGAACAGAGUUGGUGGUGAUGACCCUGUCACUUACGUGAAAGUUGAGAAUGGCACUUGUGGUCAAGACAACAGCACAAAUUUUUGUUCUGAAAAUGAUGUCUCAGUCGAAAAGCAGCCAAGUCUUUCAGGUGAACCAUCAGAACAUGUUAUUCCUAUCAAGGAAAGCUCUUUGCAUCCUCAAGAGGAGGAGAAUGUUAAUUUGGAAGAAAAUGCUGCUAGGAUGCUCUGUUCUCUAUCAGAUAAUAGAUGUGAUAGUGCACCGAGGGAGAGUACAAAACCACCGAAUAGAUCAUCAAACGCAUGCUAUAUUCAGCAUUCAGACCAUUUCAAGGAUUCGUGCAACAAAACCAAGGGUGUGGCAGCUCCAAGGUUGCUACGGAAUCGUGAUGGCAAAGCUUCAUUCCGGAAGCGUCGCCCGCGCCGUCAUUUUUAUGAAGUCAGCCCUCAUGAUGUGGAUCCAUUUCGCAUUGUAAAAGAGAGGAUUCGGGUGUUUUGGCCUCUGGAUGAGACCUGGUACUUUGGACUGGUUAAAGAAUAUGAUCCGAUGACAAGGUUGCAUCAUGUUAGAUAUGAUGAUAAAGAUGAGGAAUGGAUCAAUCUUCAAAAUGAGAGGAUUAAGCUCCUCCUUUUGCCAAGUGAAGCUCGGCAGAAAUCUAAUCCUCAUGAUUCAAGGUCGAUAUUUAAACCAAAGUAUGAAGUGGAUGAGAGGGAAGGCAUGGAUGGAAACAGCAUGGGAAGUUCUGAGUCAGGCCCUAUUGUUUCAUUGCUGUCUAGAUCAAACUAUGCAAGAUCUGCUACAUCUAGUAAUGCAAAUAAUCGAAAUCUCACUCAUACAGAUAUUGCUCCUGUUCUGUUUGACAAAAAACAGUCUAUUCUGUGCUCCACUGGUGGUUCACCUGCAAAUGGGGGCGAGGGGAUCCUUGAAGACAGGACUACACUUGUGGAUAGCAGGUUUCGCCUUGUUUAUUCAAGGAAGCGAUCUUGCAGGAGAAAGAAUGAAUUUCUCAACAUUUCAGAACAAGAUUCUGAUCUUAAAGGCAAAGAAAUUACUGGUGCAUUGUUUGCUUCAGUUGCUGGCCGGGGGUCUGGUACUGAAAAUGCUAUUUUGAGAAGUCAUGGCAUAUUGUUACUGAUCCAGCCAUUGAAAUCUAUUUAUAAGAUUGUGUCUGAAGCAUGCCAUGUCUGGCUUCUUAAUACCCUUGUUCUCCUGCACCGUGGUGCAAUGGUUGUCUUGUGGCCUGCUGUAUGUCUGGACAUACUUCUUGUCGAUAAUACAUUAGGAUUGAAACACUUGCAUCUUGAAACUUGCUUAAGUUCAGCUGUAUCCUUUUUCGGUUUACUUGUUGGAAGUUUCAAUUCGUAUUCCAAGCAGAGCACAUGCAAUGAGUCAAAAAUACCAUGCACGUCAGUCAGAGUUCAGAUAUCUGGUUUGCAUGGUAGAAGCCAAGUGGUGUUUGUGAUGUUCAGCUUUGUGGGGAUAAAGUACCCCAAAUGGAAGCAUCUGGAAGGACAGCUGCAACAUGACCAUAUGAAAAGGGGGCUGUCCAAAGUUAAUUGCAGAUGUGCUAACAUAAAGCAACUCAUGAAUUGCACAGGGGCUUAUCAAAGUGUCUGUACUUCAAUGGAACACUUAUCUAAGGGUCUAUCAAUCGAUGCUCAGGACUCUCUGUUUUUCACAGAAUCAAAAUAUUCAGAUGUCAACCCUGUCAUUUUUUGUCUUGAUGAGCGAAGUGAAUCUGUUCAAAAUCAUCUGGAUGUGGCAGCUGCACCUUCACUACUGUUUUUUCACCACUUAAAAUUGCGCAGUGAAAGCAACUUGACCUCUAAUGGUCUUCCAGAAUUCAUGCCAUUUACUUUAGAAGAGGAUCUGGUUCAUCUAGCUGCUUCUGCUUCUGAAGCAUGUUCUGUUUAUGUCAGUCCAUCUGAUGCUGGUCCCUUGGAUAUGGGUACUGCUGGCUGCAUAAAUCAUUCUGGUCCUGCUAACAGCAAGCUCAGUACUACUGAAACGGCGAGUCUGGAGUGUAAUAAUAGCAGUAUUGGUGGUGCCAACAUAACAAGCAGGAGUUUUGCAGAUCAAAUUAUGGAUGCUGACAACCCUUGUUCUGGCAACCUUACUUCUACUUGCCCUCCACAGAAUCAAAGGAGGUGUUCUAUAAUAAUUCCUGAAGAUAAGACAUCAGAUCUACCAGAUGAUAAGUUACUUAACAAAGAUGAAAAGGCUCUGCUGCCUGCAUCUGACUUAGUACAGGAACUGAAUGAGUAUCCAAUUGGUCGUGCUACACCAACUGCCCCCAGGACUACCUCCCAUCGAAACCGAUUUACAUCCAUAUCACGUGCUUUUGGAGAUGGUUCAAAAUUGUGGCAAGAAGAUGUUAUGAUGACAGGUUUUGCUGGUGGUUCUAAGAAGCCACGGACUCUGGUUUCGUACUCAGUUUCUCCUAGAAGUGAUGAACCUGGUUCAAAACACAAAGGACAUUUCCGCAAGAUACAGUCUCAUAGCAAUGCAAAGACAAACGGUGCAAAGAGACUUCCUGAUAAUUCAAGAAGCGAACAUAGCAGUCCUGAGUCCUUGACUUGUGUUGCAAAUGUCCUAGUUACAGUUGGUGAUAGAGGAUGGAGGGAGUAUGAUACUCAGAUCACGAUUGACUCUGAUGGGCAGAGUGAACGGAGGAUUUGUGUGAAGCUUGCAGAAGGAACUAAGUAUGCUCACAAAGUUUGUCAAGCUUUGCAGCCAGGGGCAACAAACCGCUACACACAUGCAAUGAUAUGGAAAGGAGGGGCAGAAUGGUGCUUAGAGUUCCCUGAUAGAAGUCAGUGGUUGAUUUUCAAGCAAAUGCACUAUGAAUGUUAUAGUCAUAAUAUUAGAGCUGCAUCUGUUAAGAAUAUUCCAAUUCCUGGUGUUUGCUUUGUUGAAGCUUAUGAUGAUCAUGACAUUGCACCCUUUGUAUGCUCUCAAGAUUAUAUUGCCCAUAUUGGAACAGAUGUUGAAAUGGCACUUGAUGAAUCUCGAGUGAUAUAUGACAUGGACAGUGAUGAUGAAGCAUGGUUUUCAAGAUGGAGUAAGAAAGUAGGCGAGGACAUUACCCCAGGCAAGUUGACAGACAACUUGUUUGAGAGGAUCAUGGACAAAUUCGAGAAACUUGCUUAUAGCCACAACUGCAAUGAACUCACUGUUGAUCAGAUGAAGGAACUUGAUAGCGAUAACAUUCCACUGGACACCAUUAAAUUGAUACAUGAUUAUUGGCAGGAGAAGAGGAAGAAAAAGGGGAUGCCACUCAUUCGACACUUUCAGUCUGCUAUGUGGAAGAUCUACGAGAAGCAGCUACAGGAAUGGGAGUCAACAGUACUCAGAAUACAAGGUUCGUCAAAUGGGUACCAAGAGAAAUUGCCUCCAAAACCUUCCUUCUUCGCUUUCUGUUUGAAGCCUCGAGGACUCCAGCCCCAAAUACCAUACAAGGGACCGAAACAGCGCUCCCAUAAAAAACUUAUGUCCUCAGGAUGUCACAGUUUUUCAAGAGAGCAAGAUGGCUUUUACCGACCAGUACCAGGGAAAAAAUACAGCGAAUAUGCUGGGGAUGGGAGGGCAUGUGAAUCCUAUGACGGUGGUUCUAUUUAUUCACCAACAGGGUACUCUCCCAGGCUCUCUGUGAGAACAGAAUCCCCUCGUGCAUUUGAUGGUAUGGAAAGAAGUUCUACACCGCGGUUUUUCAGAAUCAACAAUGGCAAAAGGACUGCAAGCUUUGCAUUCUCUGAGGAUCACCAGCCGCCACCUUCCUUCCGCCAUCAGAGAGCGAAGCGAGGCGCGCCUGAUCACUGGAACGCGGCCAUCCACGAUUGGCCGAGCUCGAAGCACCUGCUCCCAGGUGCAUCCCAUAGCCCCCGCGUCGUCGACAUAGAGGAGCUCAAACAGCGAGACGCCUCUAGCGCGGCGCAGCAUGCGGUGGCCGUGGCCAGGAUGAAGAGGGAGAAGGCACACCUGCUGAUGCACAAGGCUGACCUUGCCAUCCACAGGGCAACGGUUGCGCUCAUGAUGGCCGACGCAAUCAAGGCCUCCAGCACCAGCAGGGACUCCUCUUCUUCUUCCCGGGACCAUGGGAGGAGAGAUUUGAGGGACAACUGACGACAACGACAACAACAACGAAGCUUUUUUCCGGCUUGAGCCGAUGCAAGCACUGCUCAUCAUCUUUUUGUUGAUAGAAGGGAGCUCUUCUGCUCCAUCCCAAUCAAGUCAGUAGAUAGCAUUUCUCCCAUCUUCUCUUUUUUUUUUCUUUUUUGUUUCUUUCAUCAUUUGUACAUAUGUUGAUUCUUCUCUCUUCUUUCUUUCUUUCUUUCUUUUCUUUUUUUUUUCCCUUCUCUUCUAUUUAGACCUCUCGGUUAACGUAUUGUUGGGGGAAAUGGGCCAAAAUGGUAGGCAGGUGUUGGUGCAGCCCGGCAUUUUCUGCAUAA